AUGCACGAAGAGUAUUAUGGAAAACCUUGUGGUCGCAUCGAUGUCCUGGCUAUCGACGUCCAAAUUGAUAGCAUCAUGGACGAUGACGGCAUAGAUGUCGUGUCUAUUGACAGUGAGUCUGAAACUAAAGUAACUGAAAAUGAGGCAGGAGAGUUUGAGGAAAUGGCCAGCAACUUGGAUUGAUAUGAGUACGCUGCUCAUGAAGAAAAAGCUCUUGAGACUUGUCCUUUUCAGACAAGAGCGUUGGUGGACCUGUAUAAGCGAAAUUAAGUAACCCUGUAACUGAUGAUCCUGCCUUAGAAACUAGCUUCCAAGUUUUACAGUAAGAGAAAAUACAGACUGGUCCUACAUCUUGGUCUUUAUAAUGACGGGUUCCAAGUUUUCAAACAUGGCAAACAUACGAUGGCCAUUUUUCAUCUGGUUAUUUUGAACUUACCCAAGACAAUCCGUGCUGAAAACAAGUACAUGUCACAAGUAUGUAUCGCUCCCGAUCCAAAGUCCCUAAGAGGCUUUUUCAUUCAUCAAGUCAGUUAAGGAAGAAUUGGAAAUAUUACAAUCGAAAGGUUUUACUUGAAGCAAAUUGUCCUUGUGUCUAACACGAAUGCUCUUUCUCGAUUGAAGAAUGGCAAUCAG